AUGAAAAGACGAACAACUGACGCCAAUGAUGAAAAACAUAUUGAAGCCAAAGACGUAUCUAAAAUUUUAGAUGUGCUUUCAAACUCUAUUGAAAGAAAAGGAUAUUGGCAUCGGAUUGUAAGAAAACUCAAAGAAUGUUUAACUAAAAUGAUAACUGAUGAAACACAACAACAAUAUCUGGAAAUUGUUGAAAAAUUGAUAACAAAUGAACCAAACGAAAAUAUUUGUGAAGUGAUUAAUGACGAAAUCUCCUUAAUUGAAGCAAUGCAAUCUUAUCACAUAUCAUUUCUUCAAUCACAAAUUGUUACAAAGUGUAGUCAAAUCUUAAAGUACAAACAAAUUCUUUCUCAAGAUGCCUUUGAAUUUGGAAAAGGUGUUACUUCCUCUAUUGAAAAUAUUAAAUUAAUUUCUGCUUCUCUUAAAAAGGCAUAUCUAACAAAUGAAACUGGAGAGUUUGAUAAAACAACAAUACUCAGUCAAGAAGUUGUUUCAAUGCUUACUUUAACUUUUAAAAUUCUCAUCAACGAAUUAAAAAAUAAACCAAUGAAAAGAAUUUGGGGAAAAAUAUCAACUAAACCAUUUGUUAAAGUAUGUGAAGAAAAUCCUCAGUUAUGGAAUGAUGAACAAAAAGAGUUACUUUUAGAGUUGUCAGAGAUUAUUUCAAAUGAAUAUUUAGAAAAACAAAAAGCAAGCUCUUACGAUGAAGCAUUAACUAAAUGGAGUCAAGCUGAAAUAAGAAUGAAUAAAUAA